GCCGGUGCAGGUGCGCUAUCUGUGAAGAGGGGAUGCGAAAGGAGAGAACAGGAUGGAAAGACUGAAGGCAAGCACGGAAGAACAAGUGAACAGGGCAUGAGAAUAAACAAGGGUGUCACCUGGAUCUGAUUGCGCUUUCACUGCCCAGGGGUGAAGGCGAUGAGAGGUUUAGUUGAAGAAGUGCACACUGAGAUAUGAUGUGGUUUCCUCGCUGCUGGCAGUAGUACUAUGAUUUGGUAUGUGGCUACUUUGAUAGCAAGUGUAAUCAGCACCCACAAAACGGCGGCUCAAGGUGCCCACGCAGCCCGGGAGGAGCCCCAGUUUGUGACUGCCCUUGCUGGAGACAGCGUCAUACUGGGAUGCGACGUGGUCCACCCAUUGACUGGCCAGCAGCCCCCCUAUGUGGUGGAGUGGUUCAAGUUCGGAAUCCCCAUCCCCAUCUUCAUCAAGUUUGGAUUCUAUCUUCCUCAUGUGGACCCUGAGUAUGCCGGUCGGGCCAGUCUGCAUGACAAGGCUUCUCUGCGUAUCGAGCAGGUGCGUUCGGAGGACCAGGGAUGGUAUGAGUGUAAAGUCCUGUUGUUGCUGGACCAGCAGUACGACACCUUUCACAAUGGCAGCUGGGUGCACCUCACGGUGAAUGCCCCCCCCACCUUCACGGAGACUCCCCCCCAGUACGUGGAGGCGAAGGAGGGGGGAAGCAUCACCCUGACCUGCACCGCGUUCGGGAACCCUAACCCCAUCGUCAGCUGGCUGCGUGAAGGACAGCUCCUGGGGGACGAUGCCAAAUACAAGGUAGGCCGAAGUCCAUCGGUCACUCAGCUGCUUUACUUAACCAACAGUAACCGCUCAGAACAGUUUGUGUAAACUUUCAUUGAAAUA